GCACUUCAGCGGUUUUUAAAAACAACAAGAAUGUCACGCGUGGAAACUUGAUGGGCAGUUUCGGUGAUAAAAUUUGAUUCAUAUGCCCUAUCGGAUGGGGCGGAACCUUCAGCAAGGCAGUGAUGUUCCUCAGCACUGUCAAAAAGCACGCGAGCCUACGCGAAGGCCGUCCGGUGCAUGCGAGCUGAAAGUUUUCAGAGGCCCGCAUUGGAGUCCACUCUCAAGCCAUUUCACAGGAUCAUGGAGUGCUUCUGUUCUUCCCACUCCCAAAGCACAGAACACAGCUGUAUGGUAGUCGCGAUACUGGCAUUUCCGCGGAAGGUGCCUGUUCCAUUUGUCUACUAGCCGGUGUUGGUCCCUCAGUCGUGGCUCUACAAUCGUGUCCCUCGAAAGUUGCUGGCAAUUUUGGUCUUCCUAUGUAGCCAUUUUACUCAACAUCAUUUCGUGCUGUCUUCAUCAAUAGUAAAGAUGAAUGCAUCAGAGCAAGUACCAGGAGUCUCAGUCCCCGAUGACGGGUGGGAGGACUCGCUCCUUCCCCAGCAGGUUCUGCCGGUGGCCAGUUCCAGCGCCGCCUUGGACGCCUUCUGUGACGCAACCGAAGUUGUUGCAGCAGCUUCCAGUGCAGUGGAUGCAUGCGGAGAUGCUGAAGCUAGUUGUGAGUUGCUUCAACCGCUCGCGGAAGCCUACCUGCUUGCUGUUCGAAACGAGGCCCGCCGCUUGCCAAAGAUUGUUUCCGCCUCCGUCAAGGGGCGAACCGCUCCCAGCAAAGAUAGUAUGGAAACUAUCUUCCCCUGUUCUGAGGGAAUGGACCGUCUCCUUCACGAUCCAUUCAAGUUGCAAGAGAAGGCGUCGUCUCCCGUGCCACAUGUGUCAGACACUAGGGUUUCGCAGAGGACUGCUAGCCAGUUGAAUUAUGACGCUGCUGGAGCCAACGGCAUCCCAUCUUGUCAGCAGCCACCCACAGAAUCGAAUCGUACGGAAGCGUGCAGCUCUUACAGCAGUCAGGGUGAAGGUGUGAAAGACACUGAUGAAGCCACUGCUGUAGUUUACCAGCUUGCAGAUAAACAGACUUGUUCUUCGGAAAUACCUAGGGGGCCUACCGAGCAGUCGGAUGAGUGUAGUCCUCUACCAUUAGAGUAUCGAGCAAGUAGUUGCAAGAUCGCAUCACGAUAUACUCCUAGUGAAGGUGCAUGCACGCCAGACUGUCCUACGUCGGAUGCCGAUUCAGAAGAUGUGGACGCUGGCGAUAAGUCGUACGUGCACAGGCUCCUCGUUCUUGAUAAGAGACGGCGUGCGGCCAGGCUAUCAGGGACAGCUCCUUCAUCAGAAUGGUUGAAGAAGUCGCUGUCAGAGUUCAGAAAGUUGCGCGACUGUCUGUCACACGAGCAGGCAACACUGGUCCAAGCAGCGUCAUCGCCGCAUACGAUUGACCGCUAUCGAAACUGGAACGAAAGGGAAUGGCGUUUGUAUUGCCGGUGCUAUCCUCCUUCAUCGGAAGUCCUGGCCGCGUGUGACAGUGUCACACUCUGUCGACUUCUCUUUCUCUUGGCUGAGGAUAUAUCAUUGCAGCACCGGACAGUUAUUCGGCAUCAGGGCCAGACACCAACCAGUAAAACAGAUCCGGAUGCGACUCUGCCCCAACCGGAGGCGGGCCGGAGUCAGGAGGUGCCUUGCUCGUGCUGCCGCCUUUCAUGUUGUCAUGUAACACUGCAGCAAGCGAGCUGGUUAUUUGGAGUGUUUCUGUUUUUGGACGAACUACAGGCCAUGGACGCGGACGUUGCCUUCUGUAUCCAGAGUUUGAGGCGUGAGUGUGAGAGUGCACGUCGAAAGCUUGUUCGCCAUUCCAAAUCACACAUGGGAGUGGUCCCAAACGCAGAAGCUAACCGUCCAACAACAAAAGGUGAAAUCACGGCAGAGGCAACUCAAGAGACUGCUGCCACUGGCCAAUCUGAACGACACCUCCUGGCGGCUUUGGACAUACUUAUCCUAAUCAUCGGAGGGUUUUUCAACCAGAAGUGACUCUACGGGUGGGCUAAGCGCUCAUUUUAUGCUGGCGGCUGACUGUAAGGCUGGCGAAGAACGUGAUUGAGCAUGUGCUACGUUUUCCCGUCUUUUCAAGAGAACGAGAAUCCGCUGUUUUGUUAGUCUGCUUGCAGACCAGUGACGGAACUUAAGUUGUCCUGGCUACUAUAAGGAGCCGUGUGCUCGAC